GCAGGCCGGGCUUCUCCAUCGUUCCAAACACCGGAGCGGCAAAAUCGUCUCCAUGGCAACAGGCCAAAUCAAAGACCUCGCUGCCAAGCAGCGUUAUGGACAGGGCUCGGGAUCACAACGCUGCAUACCCUCAUUAUACCACUUUUCCAGCAGUAGUAAUGAUCGGCUAAUGCAUUAAUGCAGCCGUGGGGGGAACAUACGGGUCUCGGUCUCUGGUGUUUAGCGCUCUACGAAGAGCCUUCUCUUUUCUGCACGCUCGGCCGGAAGGGGCGGGGUUAAUCCACCCACGUGGUGCAGCCAGCUGGAAGUGUGUGUUUGUGUGUAUGCUGAGCCUGGCAGGAGGGGAGUCCCUGGGAUGAGUGCAACAACACGUCAAGAGGUUUUGAGCCUUUACCGAAAAAUAUUCAGGAUAGCAAAAAAAUGGCAGUCAGCAUCAGGACUGAAGGAAGACACCAUCGAAGAAAAACAAUAUAUUAUUGAUGAGGCCAGAAGUCUGUUCAAUAAAAAUAAACAUAUCACUGCUACAGACAACAUUAAUCAGUGUAUAGAAGAAUGCAGAGCACGAAUUGAAAUUGGAUUACACUACGGAAUCCCCUACCCACGACCUACACAUCUGCCUCCUAUGGGACUUGCCAUAUCUCACAGUAAAGGCAUGCAGACCCAAGAAAAGUUACGAAAGCAAGCCAAACCAAUCUACUUAAAAUCACAUGAUGAAAUCUCCUAGAUAUAGUUCUCUAUUUACUGCAAAUAAAAAUAUAAUAGGGGUUUUUGCCGCAUGAUGUCCAGCUUGUGUGUCUUUUACCCAAUGCUAUGUUUAUAGUGGACACUAAAAGUAUACACAUGUAGUUGUUAUGGAUUUAUCAUCUAGAAGUGCAGGGCAAAAGUAGCCUAUCCCUAGUUUCAAUUCUAAAA